CGAUCCUUCCUCCCCUCAUCCUCUACUUCUUUUUUUUUUUUUUCCUCCUUAACUGAGAGAGACCCGACCUUUAAUUCCACAGGGAAAAGUGUUGGCUGGGGGGACAUUUGAAAAUUGUUGCUUCCUACAACUUAAGCUCCUACUCGGCUCACCCAUUGCGGCGCGCACCGAUCUUCUUCUUCCGGUCGGCACAUUGAGAAUUGGCUUUUCACUCCUACGUGCGUAAAUGGCGCCGCCAAAUCCCAAAGUGAAAGCAGCCUUUUCAGCAAUGAGGACUCUAGGGAUCAAGGAAGAUAAAGUGAAACCAGUGUUAAAGAAGCUCUUAAAGCUGUACGAUAAGAACUGGGAACUGAUUGAGGAGGAAAAUUAUAGGACUCUCAUCGAUGCGAUAUUUGAAGAGGAUGACAAUAAGGUUGCAGAUCAAAAGAGAAAUAGCCAUUCCGAGGAGGAAGAGGAAGAAGCCCCAGCAGAGGAGCUUCGACGCCCCUUGAAAAGGCUCAGGCACAGGAACCAAGAAAAUCAGUCCAUUGAUUCUCCCAGCAAUUCAAAUCUUCGAAUAAGUGGAGCUGCUCUAGUACAGCCUAAACAGGAGGAGGAAUUUUGCCCUCCUGAGGCUGCUCUAAAUGAGCGAAGCAGAGGGAAACGACCUAUCUCGAAUGAUCUGAAUGAAAGAGGAAAACAGUCUCAGCCAAUGGCUACAUCAGGGAGACCAUCUCAUGAAAUUCGUAUCAGGGAGGCUAAUGUUGAUUCAGGCACAGUUCUGCCCAAACAGAAAAUUCCUGUUAGCAAUCAUUUAGCGCUGAUGAAACCCAAGGAUGAGCCAUUCACCGAUGACAGACACAUAAAUGAAUCUCCUCUUGCCAUGAUCCUUCCUGAGCCAUCACUGAAUAAAACUUCAACUGGUAAGCAAAAAAUUGGUGAAGCGAAUGGCGAUGCACAGACUUCCUUAAAUGUAGAUGGAGAAAAUGGCGUUGGAGGUCCUCAAGCAUCAGAAACUGACAAAAACAACUGCAAGGCUGCACACAACAGCUGCGAGGGUGCGGAUGUUCCAAUAAAAUCUCCGACCAUCUUAGAGAUUGCCUCGUCAUCCUUGGGAGAGGUGAAGUUAAAUCUAAGCUGCAACUCUACCCUUGGACGAUCAGAGUUUCGUAUGCCUAGUCGAGACAAAGUCCUGAAGAUGGUGGAAGAUAAAUGUCUCCAAUCAUAUGAAAUCCUUGACCCUGAUUUUUCUGUCAUGAAACUGAUGAGAGAUAUGUGCCAGUGCUUUGUGGAAUUAGGAAAGCACGGCAAUGACUCAGGAGACAGAACAACUCCGAUUAGACGCCCCGAACUUAGACAGGAAUGGCAGCAGCAUUGAUGGGGAUGUGGACAGUUGUUGAAUGGGAUUAGUUUUUGGUGCUGUGAUUACUGCCUGGGUUGUGAUGUUACUUGGGCAUAACCGAUAGGAUAGAAUGGAUUCGUGUAGUUUAUUGGUGUAGUAAUCUUUUGUGCGUAUCAGUCUUUUGGUGGAGGAUGGAUACGUACAGAUGAUUGGAAUAUAGGAUGGAUUUCUGCAUGUAUUUAGUCAUGAUUGAUGGUACAGAUUAUUGGUGGAUAGGAUAGAUUUGGCCUUAUGCAGAGUACUUUAUGUAAUGACAUUAUCACUUACUUCGGCUUCUGUAGAGCUGUUACUUUUAUCAGUAAACGAAGUCCUGUCCAUUACAUA